AUGUUGACGGACUCCGGUAUUCGAGAGGCUUUCCUGGGUGGAGUCAAAGAUGACGAGAAGAAGGCUGUGAAAGCUUUCACGAGCCUGUCGAUGAAUCAGUCGAACGCUCUGAAACGCAAUCCAAAGGGAUAUGACCAUGACCACAAAGAUAUCGAACUUAUGCGGCUCCGCAACUACACCAUGGGGCGGAAGCUCGCAGACGAUGAAAUUGUUGGUCCUGGGGGCUUGGAGCGAGUGGGCGAACUCAUAGCCAGUCUGGUACCCUUUAUCACCUAUCUGAACAGCGUCGCGAUGCCCGACGACGACACGUCAGACUCGAGCGACGACGAAGGAAGCGAUGCCGAGCCCGACGAUGACAGCAACGCCGCAGAGGAUGACGAGGCUUGA